ACGUGAUAUACACGGUCGCGUGCCCUUCAUUUCGGUUCAACGUUCAAGCAAGGUUGAAGUUCUAAACUUCGUUCUAACUCCUCUGCAGCUUCUGCUUGACAACACGCCGACUGUGCUCGAUACAGCUCUCGUUCCUUAUCUACUGCGGAACCAAAACCAUUGAUCUGCCCCAGAGGCAAGCCCGAAUCGAUAAACAUAUUGGUUCAGAUACCUCUGUCAUCCAUGAUAGGACUCACACUUUACGAUGUCCUUGCAAUCCCAACUACCGCUUCUACAGAUGAUGUCAGGAAGGCAUACAAACUGAAAGCUCUUGAAACCCACCCUGAUAAGCUCGAACCCACCGUCUCGGAGCAAGAGCGCCGUGCUGCAGAGGGAAGGUUUAGAAAUGUAUGCGACGCCUUUGAGGUGCUUAGUGAUCCGAUAAAAAGGAAGGCCUACGACAACCGCAUCCACCUUGCUCAGAAGAACAAGAAAGUUUGGGAUGAGAAGCACGACAGGCGCGUCAUGGAACGCGACCAGUGGGCACGUCAAACCAAGGAACGUAGCGAGGCGCGUAUGAAGGAGCGUGCGGACUUCUAUGAGAGCCUCAAGCGUAUCAAGGAGGAGAAGGAGCGAUAUAUGGAAAUGGUCGAGCGAUUCUAUCAAGAGCUGCGUGAAUGCCACCCAGAGUGGGAGUCGCGGAGGCAGGCAGUGCUACAGCGUAAAGAGAUGGCGGACAAAGGUCAAAUACCGCGGCGACACACAACUCGCAUUUAGCAGCACGACCUCGACGGACAGUUUUAUCUUAUGGUUCGGUUCGGCGGACACCUUGCUUUAUUUAUCUCCCGACGCUGGAGUCUUUAU